AUGAUUCCUGGAUCAGUGGCCGCGAUUUUAGUAGCGGUGGCAGCGAUUACGGUGAUGACAACGAUUCAUCACAUUGAUGAGGGACACGUCGGAGUGUAUUAUCGGGGAGGUGCUCUUCUUUCAACGAUUGCCCAUCCUGGCUAUCACAUGAUGAUUCCCGGCUUGACCAGUGUCAAAUCUGUGCAGGUAACUCUUCAAACAGACGAGGCGAGGAAUGUGGCGUGUGGAACGAGUGGUGGAGUGAUGAUCUAUUUUGAUAGAAUCGAGGUUGUCAACAUUUUAUCCCCUGAUAGUGUUUUCGCGAUCGUUAAAAACUACACGGUUGACUACGAUAGAGUGCUCAUUUUUAACAAGGUGCAUCACGAGGUGAAUCAAUUCUGCAGCAGUCACACUCUACAAGAGGUUUAUAUCGAUUUAUUUGAUCAAAUCGAUGAGAAUUUGAAGAAAGCGUUGCAAGAGGAUUUGACAGUGAUGGCUCCCGGUCUCUACGUGCAAGCGGUACGAGUGACAAAGCCGAAAAUCCCUGAAGCAAUCCGACACAACUAUGAAAUGGUAGAAGCCGAGAAAACGAAGCUUCUCGUAGCCAGUCAACAUCAGAAAGUCGUCGAGAAGGAAGCGGAAACUGAAAGGAAGAAAGCUGUCAUUGAAGCCGAGAAACAAGCGCAAGUCGCGUCAAUCGUUCACCAGCAGACAAUUGCUGAGAAAGAAACGUCACGAAAGAUCAGUCAAAUUGAGGAUGAAAGCAACUUGGCUCGAAUUAAAGCUAGAGCCGAUGCCGAAUUCUACCAAGCACAGAAACAGGCUGAAGCGAACAAAAUGCUCUUGACAUCAGAAUUUCUCGAGAUGAAACGCAUUGAGGCGGUGACAACGAACAACAAGAUCUAUUACGGCCCAAACAUUCCCAGCUUUUUCUUCAGUGGCACAAAAACUGUGGAAACUAAU